CCUAGAGACCAGAGCUCUCACAUACAACACAUUGGAGCUGUCACUGGAGAGGAGAGCAGAGCCCUGCCACCGCUACUGCUGCUGUGUACACUCACCCUGCCAAACAAUACACACUAUAUAUACCCAACAUAACCUGCCUGCAAGAACAACACUGCCCUGUGGGAUUAUACUGUUACAAUACACCAGGAAGGAGACAAGUACAAGCACUGGCGAGAACAAUGACAUCUGCAACAUCACCAAUCAUUCUUAAAUGGGACCCCAAAAGUCUGGAAAUCCGAACCCUUACUGUGGAGAGCCUCCUUGAGCCACUUGUCACCCAGGUGACAACGUUGGUAAACACGAGCAGCAAGGGUCCAUCGGGUAAAAAGAAAGGUCGGUCUAAAAAGGCUCACGUGCUGGCAGCCUCGGUGGAACAAGCCACUCAAAACUUUUUGGAAAAAGGCGAGCAGAUCGCGAAAGAAAGUCAGGACCUAAAGGAGGAGUUAAUCUCCGCUGUGGAGGAUGUCAGGAAACAAGGAGAUACAAUGCGGAUCGCCUCAUCAGAAUUUGCUGACGAUCCUUGCUCAUCGGUGAAGAGGGGCACCAUGGUGAGGGCGGCCCGUGCACUACUUUCUGCUGUUACCCGCCUACUCAUAUUAGCAGACAUGGCGGACGUCAUGAGGCUUCUGACACACCUGAAAAUUGUAGAAGAAGCUCUUGAAGCAGUAAAAAAUGCAACAAAUGAACAAGAUCUCGCCCAUCGCUUUAAGGAGUUUGGCAAAGAGAUGGUUAAACUUAAUUAUGUAGCAGCAAGAAGGCAGCAGGAACUGAAAGACCCUCAUUGCAGGGAUGAGAUGGCAGCGGCUCGCGGGGCUCUGAAAAAGAAUGCCACCAUGUUGUACACAGCGUCACAAGCCUACCUGCGCCACCCUGACGUGGCGGCCACAAGAGCCAACCGGGAUUACGUGUUCAAACAAGUGCAGGAGGCCAUUGCUGGCAUAUCGAGCGCUGCCCAGGCCACGUCCCCCACUGAUGAGAAGCAGGGUCACACGGGCAUUGGGGAACUCGCUGCCGCCCUCAAUGAAUUUGACAAUAAGAUCAUUCUAGAUCCUCUGACAUUCAGUGAAGCCCGGUUCCGGCCAUCUCUUGAGGAGAGGUUGGAGAGCAUCAUCAGUGGGGCGGCCUUGAUGGCAGACUCCUCGUGCACGCGUGACGACAGGAGAGAGAGAAUCGUGGCCGAAUGCAACGCCGUCCGACAAGCCCUCCAAGACCUGUUGAGCGAGUACAUGAACAAUAGUGGAAGAAAAGAAAAAGGUGACCCUCUUAACAUUGCUAUUGACAAGAUGACCAAAAAGACACGGGACUUACGCAGACAGCUCCGGAAGGCGGUAAUGGACCAUAUCUCAGAUUCUUUCUUGGAGACAAAUGUUCCCCUGCUGGUUCUUAUUGAGGCUGCGAAGAGUGGUAAUGAGAAGGAAGUGAAAGAAUACGCCCAAGUGUUUCGCGAACAUGCCAACAAAUUGGUUGAGGUUGCAAACCUUGCCUGUUCCAUUUCAAAUAAUGAAGAUGGGGUGAAGUUGGUGCGUAUGGCAGCCACUCAGAUUGACAGCUUGUGCCCACAGGUGAUCAAUGCUGCCCUAACAUUGGCUGCUAGACCUGCGAGUAAAGUGGCUCAAGAUAACAUGGAUGUCUUUAAAGACCAAUGGGAGAAGCAGGUGCGGGUUCUUACUGAGGCUGUAGAUGACAUCACUUCUGUAGAUGACUUCCUUUCUGUCUCAGAAAACCACAUACUGGAGGACGUGAACAAGUGUGUGAUCGCUCUACAAGAGGGAGACGUUGACACGUUGGAUAGAACUGCGGGGGCUAUCCGAGGCCGUGCAGCCAGAGUCAUCCAUAUUAUUAAUGCCGAGAUGGAGAACUAUGAGGCGGGAGUCUACACAGAGAAGGUUCUGGAAGCUACAAAGUUACUUUCUGAAACUGUCAUGCCCCGUUUUGCCGAACAAGUGGAAGUUGCCAUAGAAGCCUUGAGCACACCUAUCCCCCAAGCUUUUGAAGAGAAUGAAUUCAUUGAUGCAUCUCGACUAGUUUACGAUGGUGUGAGAGACAUUAGGAAAGCUGUCCUCAUGAUAAGGACUCCUGAAGAAUUAGAAGAUGACUCUGACUUCGAACAGGAAGAUUAUGACGUCAGAAGCCGAACAAGUGUCCAGACAGAAGACGACCAGCUGAUCGCUGGACAGAGUGCAAGGGCGAUCAUGGCCCAACUCCCACAAGAAGAGAAGGCCAAAAUUGCAGAACAAGUGGAGAUCUUUCACCAAGAGAAAAGCAAACUGGAUGCUGAAGUUGCCAAAUGGGAUGACAGUGGCAAUGACAUCAUUGUAUUAGCCAAACAGAUGUGCAUGAUCAUGAUGGAAAUGACUGAUUUUACUAGAGGGAAAGGUCCACUAAAGAACACAUCUGAUGUGAUCAACGCAGCCAAGAAGAUUGCAGAAGCCGGCUCCAGGAUGGACAAGCUGGCACGUGCCGUUGCUGAUCAGUGUCCUGAUUCUGCAUGUAAACAAGACCUGCUCGCCUACCUGCAGCGGAUUGCACUCUACUGCCACCAACUUAAUAUCUGUAGCAAGGUGAAAGCUGAAGUGCAAAACCUGGGAGGUGAACUCAUCGUAUCAGGGCCCGGAGUGCAGAGCACUUUCACUACCUUUUAUGACGUAGCAGGUGAUGUCAUAGCUGGUGGCAGGGAUAGUCAACUUUCCCUCGACCUACUCCCCUCUUGCGCUGAAGGAGCUCUUUUCGGCAACGGAAGCAGGGACUCAAGCAUGUUGGACAGCGCCACCUCUCUUAUCCAGGCCGCCAAAAAUCUGAUGAACGCUGUCGUGCUCACCGUGAAGGCCUCAUACGUAGCCUCGACCAAGUACCAGAAGGUCUACGGCACGGCGGCUGUAAACUCCCCCGUUGUGUCUUGGAAGAUGAAGGCUCCAGAGAAGAAGCCACUAGUAAAAAGAGAAAAACCAGAGGAAUACCAAACCCGAGUAAGGAGAGGAUCCCAGAAGAAGCACAUCUCUCCAGUUCAGGCUCUAAGUGAAUUUAAAGCAAUGGAUUCAUUCUAGAACUUUAGGCUUUACUAACAGGAUAUAAUAAUUAAUAUUUUUUUUUUAAAGAAGUCAUUUUGUAUGCUUACCUGCCGACUUGUAUGCGUCCGGCAUGAACUAAACCUUAGCAGUGUCCGUUUGCAUGCUACCCCAAAUUUUCUUGGAGUCAAGAUUCAUAAUAAAGCUAAGUCCAUCGAACGCUGGUAAAAUUAUAUAACUUGUAUUUUUGCCUUUCUCCACCCCCCUUAAGCUUUAGAUCCAGACAAGCAUUCAACCAAUGGAGGACUAAUAAAAAAAAUAAAAAAAAUAAAAAUGCAGAAUAAAAUGGAGCGUGAAAUGCAUGCAGGAACCAUUAGGUUGGCAGGUAUCUUAGGGAAGAGAUGGACGUAUGGUAGAUCAUUCAGCUUGUAAUGCUUUUGUUUAGUGCAAUCUAUGCCUAGCCAAUAUGCCUAAUCGUGUGGUCCAGAUGAUAAGCUUACAUCCUCGUGAUAGUAUGUGGCUUCUUUAAGUAUCAAUUAAUAACCCUAACCCAAGGCUUAUCACUUCUUAUUGUGUAUUCUGUUCUCUAUGUUACAAAGUGUUAUUUAAUAUGUUACUAAUAGAUCCCCCAAAUUGAUAACCUAACAGCUAGCUGAAGUCUAUGUGUUGGUGUGUGUGAAGCACAUUGAAA